AUAUUAUUUCAACAUGUAAUCAAUAUGAAAAUAUUAAUGAGAUAUUUUCUUUUUUUCAUGCUAAGCCUUCAAUAUCCAGUACGUAUUUUACUCUUACAGCCUAGCUCAGUUUGAGCCCCAUUUUAGAUCUCGUAGUCACAUGUGGCUGGUGGCUGCCAUAUUGGACAGCACAGACCUGGAGCUCAGAGCUGGGAGGCAGCGGUGGGGCAGGCUGGGCCUUCCCAGAGGGCGGGGAACUGCAGGGCCUGGAGGUGUGGGCAGAGAUGAGCACAGAAAGGCCUUGCAGAGGGAGGAGCCAGCACGACAGUGCCCUUUGCAGGUAUAAUUGGAAACCCCUGAUUGGUGGUAGCUGAGGUGUGGUGGGUCAUGGCGUGGCUUAGGUUCCAGUCCCAGACUCACAUGUGUCUCCAGGCUGACAUCCUAAGUCAGUGUACUAAGAAACCAUACAUGGGGGUAGAUAUCAAGGACGCCAAAAUGAGUACAUUGUUUCUUCCCCUGCCCCAAAUCCUGUCUUCUCAGCCUGAGAUUAAACCAGGCCCACCCUGGUCACCCUUUGGCUUUCCCCUGUUCAGAAGUUUUCUUGGGGAUGUGAUGAAGAUGGAGAGGGUGGCAGAGCUGUGGCCAAUGGCCAGCAGGGAGGGAGAGCUAAGGCAGUGGGCGCCCCUCAGGUCUCACAUUACCCUCACCGGCUUGGCUGUUGGUCCCAGUCCAGAGCAAUGAUGUUUAUUUAGCAAGGGUACACGUCAGGCCCUUGGGUUAAGUUAAAAAGAACCCGCCCACCAGCAUGGCCUGGGGAAGCAGCUCGUGUGUAAGACACCUCGGGGUGUCAGGUGACCCUGAGCCCUGCACAAGUCAGUGGUGUCACACUCCUGCUGUGGAAGAGCCGCUACUAACUGAGGCCAUGGAGGGGUUGCGGGGAGGGUAGGGAUGUCCAGUGCCCAGGAGCAGGGGGCUCUGUGCCAGGCAGGGCCACACAGAGCAGGGUCCUGCGAGAUGUUAGAUUCGGUUUGGGAUGGAGAAGGAGGAUGUGUGUUACAAGAGCCGUUUUCCUUCACCUGGCUGAAGGGCUGUCACCUAUGGGAUAAGGAUGCUGAUAACAGUGGGUAGCCCUCACACGGCUGUGAGGUAGAUCCUGUGAUUAUGGCAGGCAAGAAAAUGUGGCUCGGAGAGGCUAAGCAACUUCCCCAAGGUCACACAGCUAGUAAGUGGCAGAAGUGGGACGUGCUUUCAGGUCUGUUUGAGUCAAAUGCAAGCACUUGGACACCAGACUACCAUUUUCAGUGUACCUUCCUAGGGCAGGACCCAGGCGGAUGAGUUUCCAGAGGUCUGGCCUUUCUAACCAAGCAUGUUGUUCAACAGCAGAGUAGAAGCGAUGAGCUUCUACUGUGGCUCAUGUCUUCCCAGCCUCUACCCCCUGGGCUGCCCUUGGGAUGCUCAGCUAACCUCUCUGUCCUUUCUCUUUGUCUGUCCGUGUCUGUCUGUCUCCCUCUCUCUCUGCUUCUCUUUUUGGAGAGAGGUUUCCCUCUCUUCUCUUUCAUCCUCUGGAUGUGUGUCCCUCUGACUCUGGCCUUCACCUCCUGUCUGUCUGUUCAUCUUUUUUCUCUGUGCUUCUCUCUCCCUUCCUGUGCCUAUCCUGAUCUUUCCAUAGGACCCUCCAGUGGACAUGGGUGGGGCCCUGGGGCCAGCCCUGCUGCUCACCUCACUCCUUGGUGCCUGGGCAGGGCCGGGCCCAGGACAGCGUGAGCAGACUGUGACGGUGGCCGUGGUGUUUGGCAGCUCGGGACUGCCGCAGGCCCAGGCCCGUACCCGCCUCACCCCCCAGAGCUUCCUGGACCUGCCCCUGGAGAUCCAGCCGCUCACCGUGGGGGUCAACAACACCAACCCCAGCAGCCUCCUCACCCAGAUCUGCGGGCUCCUGGGCGCUGCUCACGUCCAUGGCAUCGUCUUUGAGGACAACGUGGGCACGGAGGCUGUGGCCCAGAUACUCGACUUCAUCUCCUCUCAGACCCACGUGCCCAUCCUCAGCAUCAGUGGGGGCUCUGCUGUGGUCCUCACCCCUAAGGAGCCGGGCUCCGCCUUCCUGCAGCUGGGCGUGUCCCUGGAGCAGCAGCUGCAGGUGCUGUUCAAGGUGCUGGAGGAGUACGACUGGAGCGCGUUCGCCGUGAUCACCAGCCUGCACCCGGGCCACGCGCUCUUCCUCGACGGCGUGCGCGCCGUGGCCGACGCCAGCUACGUGGGCUGGCGGCUGCUGGACGUGCUCACGCUGGAGCUGGGCCCGGGCGGGCCGCGCGCGCGCACGCAGCGCCUGUUGCGCCAGGUCGACGCCCCAGUGCUGGUGGCCUACUGCUCGCGCGAGGAGGCCGAGGUGCUCUUCGCCGAGGCGGCGCAGGCCGGCCUGGUGGGGCCUGGACACGUGUGGCUGGUGCCCAACCUGGCGCUGGGCAGCACCGACGCGCCCCCUGCCUCUUUCCCCGUGGGCCUCAUCAGCGUCGUCACCGAGAGCUGGCGCCUGAGCCUGCGCCAGAAGGUCCGCGACGGCGUGGCCAUCCUGGCCCUGGGUGCCCACGGCUACCGGCGCCAGCAUGGCGCCCUGCCUGCUCCCGCUGGGGACUGCCGCAGCCACCCCGGGCCUGUCAGCGCUGCCCGGGAGGCCUUCUACAGGCAUCUCCUGAAUGUCACCUGGGAGGGCCGAGACUUCUCUUUCAGCCCUGGUGGGUACCUGGCCCAGCCCACCAUGGUUGUGAUCGCCCUCAACCGGCACCGCCUCUGGGAGAUGGUGGGGCGCUGGGACCAUGGCAUCCUCCACAUGAAAUACCCAGUGUGGCCUCGCUACAGUGCCUCCCUGCAGCCCGUGGUGGACAGCCGGCACCUGACAGUGGCCACACUAGAAGAGCGGCCCUUUGUCAUUGUGGAGAGCCCUGACCCUGGCUCAGGCAGCUGUGUGCCCAAUACUGUGCCCUGUCGCAGGCAGAGCAACCACACCUUCAGCAGUGGUGACGCAGCCCCCUACACCAAGCUUUGCUGUAAGGGCUUCUGCAUCGACAUCCUCAAGAAGCUGGCCAGGGUGGUCAAGUUCUCUUACGACCUGUACCUGGUGACCAACGGCAAACAUGGCAAGAGAGUGCGUGGUGUGUGGAACGGCAUGAUCGGGGAGGUGUACUACAAGCGGGCAGACAUGGCCAUCGGCUCCCUCACCAUCAACGAGGAGCGCUCUGAGAUUGUAGACUUCUCCGUGCCCUUCGUGGAGACGGGCAUCAGUGUGAUGGUGGCUCGGAGCAACGGCACCGUCUCCCCCUCGGCCUUCCUGGAGCCCUACAGCCCCUCGGUGUGGGUGAUGAUGUUCGUCAUGUGUCUCACUGUCGUGGCCAUAACCGUCUUCAUGUUUGAGUACUUCAGCCCUGUCAGCUACAACCAGAACCUCACCAGCGGCAAGAAGUCUGGGGGCCCGUCCUUCACCAUCGGCAAGUCCGUGUGGCUGCUGUGGGCACUGGUGUUCAACAACUCAGUGCCUAUCGAGAACCCCCGGGGUACCACCAGCAAGAUCAUGGUCCUGGUCUGGGCCUUCUUUGCCGUCAUCUUCCUCGCCAGCUACACGGCCAACUUGGCUGCUUUCAUGAUCCAGGAGCAGUACAUCGACACUGUGUCCGGCCUCAGUGACAAGAAGUUCCAGCGGCCUCAAGAUCAGUACCCGCCGUUCCGCUUCGGCACAGUGCCCAACGGCAGCACCGAGCGGAACAUCCGCAGCAAUUACCGCGACAUGCACACUCACAUGGUCAAGUUCAACCAGCGCUCAGUGGAAGACGCACUCACCAGCCUCAAGAUGGGGAAGCUGGACGCCUUCAUCUAUGACGCUGCUGUCCUCAACUACAUGGCGGGCAAGGAUGAGGGCUGCAAGCUGGUCACCAUUGGCUCUGGCAAGGUCUUUGCUACCACCGGCUACGGCAUUGCCAUGCAGAAGGACUCCCACUGGAAGCGGGCCAUUGACCUGGCGCUCCUGCAGUUCGUGGGGGACGGGGAGACACAGAAGCUGGAGACAGUGUGGCUCUCGGGGAUCUGCCAGAACGAGAAGAACGAGGUGAUGAGCAGCAAGCUGGACAUCGACAACAUGGCUGGCGUCUUCUACAUGCUGCUCGUGGCCAUGGGGCUAGCGCUGCUGGUCUUCGCCUGGGAGCACCUGGUCUACUGGAAGCUGCGCCACUCGGUGCCCAACACGUCCCACCUGGACUUCCUGCUGGCCUUCAGCAGGGGCAUCUACAGCUGCUUUAGCGGCGUGCAGAGCCUGGCCAGCCCCGCGCGGCCGCCCAGCCCGGACCUCACGGCCGACUCGGCCCAGGCCAGCGUGCUCAAGAUGCUGCAGGCGGCGCGCGACAUGGUGGCCACAGCGGGCGUGAGCAGUUCCCUGGACCGCGCCACGCGCACCAUCGAGAGCUGGGGCGGCGGCCGCCGUGCGCCCCCGCCGCCCGCCUGUCCCGGCCCGCGGCCGCCCACCCCUGGGCCGCCCCCAGAGCCCAGUCCCACGGGCUGGGGGCCGCCGGGCGGGGACCGCGCCGCACAGGGGCACAGGGCCCCGCAGCCCCCGGGCCGUCCCCCGACGCCCGGGCCGCCCCUGCCUGACGUCUCCCGGGUGCCGGGCCGGCGGGCCUGGGAGGCGCGGUGGCCAGUGCGGGCCCGGCGCGGAGGGUGGCACAUCUCGGCCUCCGAGCGACGCGCGCUCCCGGACCGCCCUCUGUCGCCCGAGCACUGCCACUACAGCUCCUUCCCUCGAGCCGACCGGUCCGGGCGCCCCUUCCUUCCGCUCUUCCCGGAGCCCCCGGAGCCCGAGGACCUGCCGCUGCUCGGGCCAGAGCAGCUGGCCCGGCGGGAGGCCCUGCUGCACGCGGCCUGGACCCAAGGCCCGCGGCCGCGCCACGCUUCCUUGCCCAGCUCGGUGGCCGAAGCCUUCGCCCGGCCCAGCUCACCGCCCGCCGGGUGUGUCCACCGGGCCUGCGGGCGCUUGGCGCAGGCGCAGUCGAUGCGGCUGCCGACCUACCGGGAGGCCUGCCAGGACGGCGUGUGGGUAGGGGUCCCCGCCUGGCCGCACAGACAGCACGCCUGCCUCCACGCCCAUGCCCACCUGCCGCUUUGCUGGAGGGCUGUCUGCCCUCACCUCCCACCCUGUGCCAGCCACAGCCCCUGGCUCGCUGGGGCAUGGGGGCCUCCCGGGCACAGGAGCAGGACCAUGGGGCUGAGCACAGGCUACAGGGACAGUGGGGAGCUGGAAGAGGUCAGCAGGGUGACCUGUGGGACCCAUGCCUUCCAGGGACCUUGCACCUGGAGGCGGAUCUCCAGCUUGGAGUCAGAAGUGUGAGGGGUCAGCUGCUCUGGUUUCUGGUCAGCUGGAUUCUCCGCCUGGCACUGCCAGGGUUAGGGGGUAGGUGGGCUUGGGUUUUUUUGGCUUCUGCCAUGAAAUCCCGCCCUUGGGACCCCAGUGUCAGAUGAUAUCUUCCAUGGUCAGUUCAGUCACCUCAGCAGCCUGGGGUCCUGAUGUGGGCUAGGUUCUUGCUGUCCCAUAAUCAUGCAAAGCCCUUCCCACUGGGCCUGGAGUCCUGGGGAGCAGUGGGUCUCCCUGCUCUGUUGUUAGCCAGUUCCUGGUCAUGGCUGCUGGGGGCUUGGUGUGGAAGCAUGGAGGCUGGUACUCAGGGUUGGGGCAGGGCUGUCCCACUCCUUGCUCCGUCCUGCUGGAGUUCCUUCUCCUCAGAGUGCUGGGACAUUAAACAAACCUUUUACAACUCA